AUGACACAGAGCAAUUCUAUUCAAGAUUUCCCACCUUCCGCAAGCCAGGAUAAUUGCUCUUCUGAUGUUGGUUGUGCUACAGGCAGUGACGAGCGAAACGCACUGAUUGCCACGCCUUUAUCAAACACGGUGUUUGAUCAGACUGGUGACAAAUCAUCUUUCACCCUUCUUUAUGACCCGGCUUCACCAUCUUUGAGGGCAAGUCCGAGUAAUGGGCAAUUACACCAGAACAAAAUCCAGAACUCCGACGUAAUGACAGAUCAUGCUGGCGGGGUGCGAGUUGCUCGUUCAGCUCGUUCCUCCAGCCGAACGCCUAGGAGACUUAGUGGCAGCACAGCUACCAGCUCGGUCAGUGAAGCUGAAACCGGCCACUCAAGCAUUGGCAGGAUUGGCGUCUGCGCUCUGGAUGUGAAAGCGCGCAGCAAACCUAGUCAGAAUAUUUUAACCCGCCUGCAAGCCAAAGGUGGUUUUGAAGUGAUUGUUUUCGGAGACAAGGUGAUUCUCGAUGAGGCUGUAGAGAAUUGGCCUGUAUGCGACUUCUUGAUUGCAUUCUUUUCCGACGGCUUCCCUCUGGAGAAGGCCAUCGCUUACGCGAGGCUUCGAAAGCCUUUUUGCGUGAAUGAUCUACCCAUGCAGAAAGUGUUAUGGGACCGACGACUGUGUCUGCGAAUUCUGGAUCAUAUGAAUGUCCCCACGCCAAAGAGAUUAGAGGUCAAUCGCGACGGCGGACCAAGGUUGGAAUCUCCGGAGCUUGCUCAGCAUGUUUACAGGUUAACGGGGGUCAAGCUCGAGGGCCCUGAAGAUGGGACUGGAGGAGGCUCUCAGAAAACUCAGGUGGUAACAAUGUCUGAGGACGGCGAGGCUCUGAUUGUGGAUGGAAAAUCUAUCAGAAAACCCUUUGUCGAAAAGCCAGUGAACGGUGAAAACCACAACAUCCAUAUAUACUUUCCUAACGAUCAACAGUAUGGCGGAGGAGGCAGGAGGCUUUUCCGGAAAGUCGGGAACAAAAGCUCCGAAUACGAUCCUCAGCUUGUGGUACCUAGAUCAGUGACAGAAGAAGACACAAGCUACAUUUACGAACAGUUUCUGAGGGUUGACAAUUCUGAAGAUGUCAAGGCUUAUACAGUCGGGCCAGAUUUUUGCCAUGCAGAGACACGCAAGUCGCCUGUUGUUGAUGGAGUCGUUCGCCGGAACACGCACGGGAAAGAACUCAGGUACAUAACUAAAUUGAGCCAGGACGAGGCAGCAAUUGCGUCAAAAAUCUCGAAUGGGUUUGGCCAAAGGAUCUGCGGCUUCGAUAUGCUUCGAGUCGGUGAUAGGAGCUACGUGAUCGAUGUUAAUGGAUGGAGUUUCGUCAAGGACAACAAUGACUAUUACGACAAAUGUGCCAGUAUUCUGAGCGACAUGUUUCUGAAUGAAAAGCGCAAACGCGAGGGAAUACAAAGGCCCCUAGAAAUGGUUUCGCCGGAUACAACCCAUCAUGGGAGACAUUCUGUAUCUCACAGGCAAACAUUGAAAACCUUGUUGAAAUCCCCAUCCGCGUCCAAACUCUACGGCAGUCAUAAGAGCCUCGAAAAUAGUUUCCAGGACCUUGCGGCGUUACCUCCAGCAUCGUCUGGAGCAGAGAGUAUGGACUACAAAAGAAGCCGUACGAGCCCAGAUGCGCGCCAGAUCGAUUCAGAUAUAAGUGAUCUCGACCCGAAGACCCCAGAGUUGACCGGCCAUCCCGACGAAACGGUCCCGCCGCCUCCACCUCCAGCAUCUAAACAUUCCUGGAAGCUUAAGGGCAUGGUUGCAGUCAUAAGGCAUGCGGAUCGUACGCCAAAGCAAAAGUUCAAGUUCACUUUCCACAGCCAGCCAUUUAUUGAUUUGUUGAAAGGCCAUCAAGAAGAAGUGGUGAUCAAAGGACAGGCAGCCUUGGCUAGCGUCUCGGAGGCUGUCAGGCUUGCAAUGGAUCAGAAACUGGAAGAUAUGGAAAAGCUCAAACUGCUUCGAACAUCCCUGGAGAAGAAAGGUGGCUGGCCUGGAACGAAGGUUCAAAUUAAACCUAUGUUUCGCAAGCGAACGCAGGAGGAAUUGAGCACUCAUAGUUCAGAGAACUCGAACAGUGACGGAGCGCGGACUAAUUGUACCCAAAUCGCCAAUGAUGCUGGCGGGAAUAAUGAAAAAUUUGCUCGAACGUCUACUCGCAGUGACUCAAUAUCCGGUACAACAUUCUCAAGAUUUGCCGCUGCCGAGAACGAUCUCAUUCUAGACAAGCUGCAACUUGUGAUCAAGUGGGGUGGAGAGCCAACCCACGCCGCAAGAUACCAAUCACAGGAUCUAGGUCUCAAUAUGCGUGACGAUCUGAAAUUGAUGAACAAAGAGGCGCUGAAUAAUGUUCGGAUCUUUACAAGCUCAGAGCGAAGAGUGAGUACUAGCUCUCAAAUUUGGGCAUGUUCUUUUCUCGACCAGAAGGAGCUCCCGGAUGAUUUUAUUCAAGUGCGAAAGGACCUUCUGGAUGACUCCAACGCCGCAAAAGAUGUUAUGGAUAAGGUGAAAAAGAAGCUGAAACUCCUUUUGCGCGAAGGGUCUGCACCUUCACAGUUUACUUGGCCCAAGGAUAACAUCCCUGAGCCAUCGGUUGUUCUCGCUACUGUUGUUGAGUUGAUGAAAUUUCACCGAAAUGUCAUGAGACACAAUUUUGGGAAGAUUAACAACUCUCCGCAUUGUCCUUCAUCGACAUCUCCCCUUAGUGACGAUUCUACCUCUCAGAAUGUCAUUCCGGACACGGAUAGCCCAACCCUUUCCUCUAUCCAGGGACGGUGGUGUACUGGUGAAGAUCCCAUGCUCUUCAAAGAACGAUGGGAAAAGCUUUUUGCAGAAUUUUGCGACACGGAGAAGGUUGACCCGAGCAAACUUUCCGAAUUGUACGACAGCAUGAAAUUCGAUGCACUCCACAACAGACACUUUCUUGAGUGGGUGUUCAUGCCCCCAGAUGAGGGGAUCAACGAGCAUGAACGGCACAGUUCCAAUUCUAAUAAUACUAACCAUCACGAUCUUGUUGGGGACAUAAUACCCGGACAUGACAGUCUAACAAGCGAAGAAAUGGAGGAAAACGUGGAAAAUCCGACCUUAUCACAUCUCCGAUUCAAGAAGCGAGCAUAUGCAUUCGACUCAUUACCGCAUCUAAGGGCCCUUGAUGACUCGUAUGAUCACUAUUUCAAGCUGUACCCAGGCUCUAGUCCUACGAAAGCUAAAAUGGAUGGACGAUUGUCAAAACUCCGAGAGUUAUACAAAUUGGCCAAAGUUCUAUUUGACUACGUGACUCCUCAGGAGUACGGAAUUACCGACUCUGAGAAACUGGAGAUAGGCUUGUUGACGUCCUUACCCCUACUUCAGGAGAUUGUCAGAGACCUCGAAGAAGUCCAGGCGUCUCCAGAUGCGAAAUCCUUUUUCUACUUCACUAAGGAGUCCCAUAUCUAUACCCUCCUGAACUGCAUCAUCGAGGGCGGAAUUCAGACAAAGAUAGCCAGAAGCGCUAUACCUGAAUUGGAUUACCUAUCACAAAUCUGUUUCGAGCUGUACGAGGCUAAGGAUCGUGAAUCAUCCACAAGUUCCUAUUCAAUCCGUAUCUCUAUCAGUCCUGGCUGCCACGCUUUUGAUCCGCUGGAUGUGCAACUUGACUCACGGCAUGCGAUUGGUUGCGCUCCGAGAAGAAGCCUAACUGCCCAUCAGGAUUGGAAAGAGGUCAUUGAAACCCUCAAAGCGAAAUUCGACACGGUCAAACUUCCCAAGACUUUCAUUGCCGUAAAUUUGAGCGAUAAGCAUGUGUCCAGUUAUCAAUCAUAG